AUGAGGGACAUGGCUAUCUAUCAGGUGGACGCGUUUACGCGGAAUCCGUUCAAGGGCAACCCAGCGGCCGUGGCCCUGCUGCCGGAAGAGCUCUUGCCGAUGUCAGACGCGCUGCGGCAGGACAUCGCCGCGGAGAUGAACCUCGCGGAGACCGCCUUCCUCGAGUGCGACGGCCCGGGGGACUUCCAAAACUCCCCCCGGUUCAAGCUGCGUUGGUUCACCCCCACCAUGGAGGUGCCGCUGUGCGGGCACGCCACGCUGGCCUCCGCGGCCGCGCUGAUCACGGCCUGCAACAACUCCGCGCCGGAGCUCACCUUCUCGACGCUCUCCGGGGACCUCGUCAUCCGCCGCGGCGGUGCGGAGCGCGACGGGAACGCGGUGGCGCUGCGUAUGGACCUCCCGCACAUCCCGCCGAGCGACGCCGUGCCCGAAGCGGCUGCGGCGCUGGCGCGGGCGGCCGCGGGCGGGCUGCCGGUCGCGGAGGUGGUGUUUGCGAAGCCCCUACGGUACCUCAUCGUGGCCCUGGAGGCAGGGAGCGUCACGCCCGAGGAGCUCGCGGGCGCGCAGGUCGACGUCGGCGCGAUGAAGGCGGCGUAUUCGGGCGCGGACGGGGCGAUCGGGGCCGUGGUGCUGGCCUGCUGCGACCCGCGCGCGGCCGGGACGGUCGCCUCGCCGCACGUGUUCUCGCGGUUCUUCGCGCCGUGGAUGGGCGUCGAGGAGGACCCGGUCACCGGCAGCGCGCACUCGGUCCUGGCGGCGUACUACGCCGAGAAGCUCGGUCGGACCACGCUGGCGUGUAGGCAGUGUUCUCGGCGGUCGGGGGACCUGACCGCGGAGGUGGCGACGCAGGAGGACGGGUCGAAGCGCGUGGUGCUGUCGGGGGACGCGGUCCUGGUGCUGCGGGGGACGCUCGCGCUGCCAGACGGCAGCUGA